AUGGAAAGGCCAAGAAAGCGAGAGCUUCGUGAGCUCAACUUCCGAGCGUGGGAUGGCGAGCAAGAUGUCUUCCCUGUGCAGGGUGCCCUCGACUCGUCCAUGAAGAAGAACACCGCCUUUAUCAAGCGCCUCCGAACCGCCAUCAGCGCCUCCUCCCAGUCUCAAUUUGUCCAAGAGAUCCGCACCCUGUCCCUCCACAAGUACCUCUCCGAGAUCAUCUCAGCAUGCUACGAAGGCCUCUGCAAGCUCAAGACCCCUGGGGAGAUUGCCUCAGGUGUUGAGAUCGUCAGUGCACUCCACCAGCGCUUCGGUCCUACGGAGUUCACGGGGUACAUUGGCUGGUACAUUGGAAGGGGGCUUGCAACUCCAGACAAAGCGCACUUGAAAGCGCUGUCACAAGAGGUACGCGACCGAGAAGAGAAGGAGCGCUUGGCUCGUCAACGUGUGCUUCUGCGCAUAGCCACCGAACUAUGGCUGGUAGGGGCUUUGCGAAGCCUGGAUGACGUUGCUCGUCCUGAAGAGGCCGGCAAGAAUAAGGAUAAUGGAAAGCUCGUGGAAGGAACUACCAAGACCAGGACCCGUGCAGAGAACGCUGAUGCAGAGCCAUUUCCACUGGAAGUACUCAAGGACAUGCUUGGCCACGACCGCGAGCAUAUCAACCUUCCCUUGGUGGUCAUCUUCGUGAAAGCGUUUGCCUGGGACAUUCUCGGGGCAAAGACGUCAUCUGCAGAGGGUCGCAAGACGGUCAACGAAGACGGUACGACCAACGCAGAGCAGAAUGAGGACACUUCCGCGACCGAAGACGACGAUCAGCCUAGCAAAGACCUACCCAUCAUCGCAUCUGACCUCCAACAGCGGUUCAAAAACAUCCUCGCACGCUAUUUUGAAGACGUGAAGGCACAUCUGCUGCGAGACCAAAAGCACUUGGCUGCACAGGGUCGCAAGAACGCUGAAGCUUACGUAAAGUCCGGAGAAGUCUUCGAAGAUCGUCAAGCAAACUACGAGAAGCAGAUGAAGGCGCAAGAGCGGUUGAUCACAAACGCUCAGGUUGUGGCUGAUGCACUGGGUGUGGACAUGCCCGAUCUGAAGGAGAAAGACAGUGCCGCAAAUGCCGGAGAUGGAUCCAUUGGUCUCAUCAAGGCUGGGGAGUACCUGCGUGGUCGUAGUGACGGACCAGGAAUAUGGGAAGAUGAGGACGAGCGCCGCUUCUACGAAAACCUGAUCGACUUGAAGGACCGAGUUCCUGGUAUUCUGCUCGAGGAGGGUAAGAAGAAAAAGAUCGACACCGACGAGCAGGUUGGCAAGCGAAUCGAGGCAAAGAUAGAGACUGCCGAGAAAGAGGUUACAGAAGCAGUAAAAGUCGCAGACGCCGAUGAUCAGUCUACCGCCAUCGCGAACAAGUCUGUUGGAACGCAGGUAGAUGCAGUUCUUGCCCGCCUACCUGAGCUCAACACCAAGGACACAGUGGACCAGACCGCAAUUGACUUCUGUUUUCUCAACUCCAAAGCAUCGCGCAACCGUCUUAUCAAAGCUGUUCAGGACAUUCCCAAGGGUCGCUCUGAUUUGCUGCCAAUUUACUCGAGACUCAUUGCGACUCUCGGCAAAUACAUGCCCGAUGUUGCUCAGGGUGUUGUUGCAUACCUGGACGACGAGUUUCGAAGCUUGCAGCGCCGCAAGUCCAAAGACUUCCUGGGACAGGUGCGGACACAAAACGUACGCUAUCUUGCAGAGUUGACCAAAUUCGGUGUUGUUCCAGAGCACGUCAUUUUCCACUGUCUCAAAGUCAGCCUGGACGACUUCUCAAGGAUGAAUAUCGAGAUCAUCUGCAACCUACUCGAAAACUGUGGACGAUAUCUCCUCCGCAAUCCAGAUACAUCGCCUCGCAUGGCUUCGUUCCUUGAAACACUCCAGCGUAAGAAGAGUGCUCAGGUGCUUGGCCAGCAGGAGCGCAUGUUGAUCGAGAACGCAAUCUAUUACGUCAACCCGCCAGAGCGCGCAGCUAUCGAGCAAAAAGAGCGAACACCAGUCGAGCUAUUCUUGCGCAAGAUCAUGUAUCAGGACCUGACCCGCCGCACCCUGGAUAAGACUGUCAAGCAGAUUCGCAAGAUGCACUGGGAAGAAGAAGAAGUCGUCAAUUUCCUACGUAAAAUCUUCUCCAAACCUGGCAAGAUCAAGUACAGCAACAUCCAUCUGUUAGCUGUCAUCCUCGGCACAAUCCACCGCUACCACCAGGACUUUGCCAUUGCUGUCAUCGACGAUCUUCUGGAGUCUAUCACAUUUGGUCUUGAGCUGAACGACUUCAAGUUCAAUCAGCGCAGGAUUGCAGAGGUCAAGUUCCUCGGCGAGUUGUACAUUUACCGACUUGUCGACUCACCACUUGUCUUUGACACACUGUACAAACUGCUCAACUACGGGUGGCAGGGUGGGUACGCUCGUCCUGACCUAUACAAUCCUUUGGACCUCUCGGACGACUAUUUCCGCAUUCGCCUGGUUUGCAGCCUUCUCGAGACAUGUGGCAUGUACUAUGACAAGGGUGCAGCUAAGAAGAAGCUCGACUUCUUUCUCACGUAUAUGCAGUAUUACGUCUGCACCAAAGAUGCUCUCCCGAUGGACGUGGAGUUUAUUGUGCAGGAUGCUUAUGCUCUUGUGCGACCACAGUGGAAGCUAAUUACUGAUCUGGACGAAGCGUCUCGCGUCUUUGGCGAGGCCGUCAAGCAGAACUACCAGACAACAGCAACUGACAAGCCUGCUGAACCUGAAGACGAAGACGAAUCUGCUUCUGACGAUGAUGUAGAUGGCCCCGAAGAUGACGAUGUCGUUGUGCCUGAAGGCGAAGACAAGUCGUCUGACGAAGAUGAGGAGGAUUCCGAAGAGGAUGAGCCUGCCAAGCAACACCUCUCUGAUGAUGAGGAAGAGCACAUUGUUGUGACACGUCAAGAAGAAGAGCGCGACCCCGAAGCUGAAGCUGACUUCGAUCGAGAACUCGCCAAGCUCAUGUCAGAGAGCGCUGAUUCCCGCAAGUACGACCGCAAGCCCGUCUUCGACGUCCCGCUACCGAUGCGCCGCGCUCGUGAGGCAAUCGCUAACCCCGAGGACGGCAUAAACGAAAUACCAAUUCCGGUUGCACCGUCUAACACAGUCAAGUUCUCACUCCUCAGCAAGCGCGGAAACAAGACGCAGACCCGAUCAAUUGACCUGCCUUCUGACUCCACGUUUGCUGUUGCCAUGCGUAACAAGCAACAAGCCGAGAAAGAGGAGCAGCAACGCAUCAAGAGCCUCGUUCUGAACUACAACGAGGCUCGCGAUGAUGUUGACGAUACUGGUGAAUCGCCAUUCUCUUACAUCCUCUCGCCUAAUACCAAUAGAAAACGUACUGAUACUCAGCAAGUUAUGGACAAGACCCCGAAUCCGUAUGCACAGCCGCGUCUCGACAAAGCCGGCAACAAUCGCAGCAACCAGCGUGCCAGAAAGCUACAGCUUAGCGAUGUCAAUUGGUAUGGCCCCCCUUCGUCUCUUCAGCAGAGGUGUGUUACGAAGCCGUCAACGUCGGUUACAUCAAAGCCAUAG